AUGUACGGAAUCGAGUAUGACAGCAGCGGUAGCGACCAUGGUCGAGUUUCCCCAAUGCUAUAUAAUGUCAGGGUGUAUCAGAUAGCGGACAAAUUUGCAUUGCCACAGAAGAGAGCGAAAGAGAAAUUCGAGAACAUAGUGAAGGUAUGCUGGCAAACGGAUGACUUUCCCACGGCCAUUUCAGAGGCAUACAAGCGUAUUUACAAGGAAGACAGAAGUCUCCGUGAUAUUAUCGUGCGCGCCUCUCAUGAGCAUGUUUUAAAGCUGCUGGAGAGUGAAGACUUUCAAACCGUACUUGAAGACACGGACGGUUUUGCUGCAGACCUUCUUUGGUAUUUAACGCAUAAUCGAAGGGCUGCGAGAUAA